UCACUCUGGUGAACAGCUGAUGUUGUGACGUCUCCAGGGCGCCGCCAGCUGACAGCGCUCAGAACACGCGUUUCCGGUUGAAGUGGAGCGAUCUGGAGUCGCGGAGCCGAGAGAUGCCGAAGUACUGUUCGGUCCUGAGCUGCAAGAACGAGUCCUGCAGCGGCACGAAGAGCUUCUACAGGUUCCCUCUGCAGGACCCGGCACGGCUGCAGCAGUGGCUGAGGAACAUGGGACGUGAGAACUGGACUCCCUCUCGACACCAGUACAUCUGCCACCAACAUUUUGCACCGUCGUGCUUCAGGGUGCGGUGGGGGAUCCGUUACCUGGAGAGCGACGCCUUGCCCACAGUCUUCCAGGAGGUCGAGAAAAGAAAAGUUGCCGAUCAAAGUGAGAAGAUGCCGAAACGUCUGCGCCUGCACAGUGAUCACAACAUCUCACUGACAGACGACAGGACGUCGGCUGUGGACGGGGUCGAGAUGGAAAACACUCUGCACACGGUGCACCUGUAUGAGAUCACUGUCGACCCGUCGCAGUGCGGUGAAACCAGCCUGGUGGAGUCGAGCGAUGCUAUAAAUUCGGACUGUUUCCUCCACACAGACCUGAACACGCUGACAUCAGUGGAUGGGUUCCAAACAGGGACAAGCUUCCCUUUAACUUUAUUCCAGACAGUAGAUGACGUAAGAGAGAACACGGAGGUGGUAGUGAUGUCUGAAGGCUCUGCUGCUGAAGGGCAAGAAGAGCUUGUGAAUGGAAUCACUGCCUCCAUUUUAACUCAGGGCUGCUACUCCACACUGGGUCGCACAGACAAGGCUGCAGCGUCCCUCUCUGCUGAAGAUGUGACGUGCUCCACAGAGGAGACCAUCGAAGGAUGCCAGGAAGUCAUCGCCUACUUCGAGACCAUACCAAGCGUUCUCCCCAGUGGAACCUCGACCCCGUUCGUCUUCACCCCGGACACAGUGCUGUCGUCCGCUCUGAGCUCCAAGCCCAUCUCAUCCACGGUGCCCAUAGUGUCCAAGCACGCAUCACCUAACCCUGCGUCGCUGGUUCUCACGGUGGAAAGACUGGACACAGAUGAGGGGGAUGAUGGGAAGUCUGACGAAGACAGCACCGAGCAGCAGGAUCACCAGCUGGAGGAGCACUGCUACCACAGGAGCAGUCUGAGUAAAGAGCAGCUGGAGGCGAUCGUCGCUGAGCUGCAGAAAAAGGUGAAGGUGCUGCAGCAGCGUCACCGCCGUCACUUGGAGAAGCUCCUGGGUCUGGAGAACACCGUGAAUCAGCUGAGACAAAGCAACCUGCUGAACGAGGAGCGGCUGCAGCUGCUCGAGAGGGCGUACGUACAGACCAGCACAGCAGUGACGGACGCCGGAGAGACUGUGGCCAUCAUCUAUGAGGAGGACGCGGCUGCAUUCUUGUACACGCCACUGGAUGACGCUGAGGAGAAGCUGUGACUGUGCACAUCCUGUGUGUGUGUGUGUGUGUGUGUGUGUCUGUCUGUGUGUCCCAUGACAUGGUUGAUGCUGUUGAGAACAAAACACUACCUACAGUAACUGAAUUGUUUUUUAGUUUCCUGAUGUGUGUGGGUGUUUGUGUAUGUGUGUGUGUGUGUGGGUGUGGUGUUGGGUCAGCUGUGAGCUUUGCACAAACACAGAUGAGGAAUAAGGGACAAUGGUGAAUGUUGUGUUUUAUAAACCUCGAGCCCGCCCUCCUCUCCAACCCUCCCUUUGUUUGUAAUUUGUUUGUGAUACUGUACGUUUUGCGUCUGUGCUUCGUGUCUGUAGCUGCUGUAAAUCUGUUCAGUUGUCGACAGAAGCAAAGUUUACUCAUGAGAAAGAGUUUGUUUUCUGUUGCACGAUGGAAUAAAGGGAAUGAAACAAUGCAGUCGUCUUGUCACACCCUGUUU